CCUCCACAUCUUCCAACUUGGUACUUAGCUUUGCUCACACCACAUGCUCCCUCUCUGUCUCUUCUCUCUCUUCUCUCUCUCUUCUCUUUUCAUUUUCUCUAUCUCUCUAGUUCUUCUCUCUCUCUCAUGUUAAGGCAACAAAUGGAAGCUUUACUCUAUUGACGACGAGAUCCUUCUCUAAUUGUCAGCUUUUGAUAAUGAAAUGGUGAAAGAGGGGUCCUACAUCUUGAAGGGUUUUUGCCCCCACAAUCCAAUGAAUGUGAAUUAUUGAUUUGGUGGUCAGUGUCUGAUGGAGUGUAAUGCAAAGCCACCGUUGCAAUGGGAAUGGGAAAAUUUAAUAUCUUUUGGUGCUUCAUCAGCUGAAACUCCUAGAAAGAUUAAACCAAUGGAGUGGGAACUUGAUGGGUUUGAUUGCACCUCUCUGUACUCUUCAAGCUUUGCUGCGGUAGCUUAUGGAGGUAGUUCAGGUUCUGACAUAGCUCAUGCUUUCUCCAAAAGCUCAAAGUCAGCUUCCAUUAGCUCUUCAUCAGCUGAAGUGAGAACAUACAAUUUUACAUCAGAAGCUGGUGAAAGUCUUCCAGGAGAAUUAGGCAGCAGUGAAGAGUUUGCCAAGGGAAUCAAUACUUCUCCAAGUCUUGAACUAUCCUUUGGCUCUGGUGAUCCGGUUCUCGGUUUAAAGCUUGGUAAGCGAACAUACUUUGAAGACUUUUGGGAAGUGGAAAAUGCGAAAGGUUUAGGACUUCCAGUGAGCCUCGCGUCAUCUUCUGUUUCUCCGGUGAAGAAAGCAAAACCCAUUUCUCAGAGGUUACAAACCCCUCACUGUCAAGUUGAAGGUUGUAAUAUUGAUCUCUCAUCAGCUAAAGACUAUCACCGUAAACACCGGAUUUGUGAAAACCAUUCCAAGUUCCCUAAAGUUGUCGUGAGUGGCGUUGAGCGUCGGUUCUGCCAACAAUGUAGCAGGUUCCACUGUCUCUCUGAGUUUGAUGAGAAGAAACGUAGCUGUCGCCGGCGUCUUUCAGAUCACAAUGCAAGACGUCGCAAGCCAAAUCCUGGGAGGACAUAUGAUGGGAAAGCACAAGUGGAUUUUGUAUGGAACAGAUUUGCACUUAUCCAUCCAAGAAGUGAGGAAAAUUUUCUAUGGCCAAGUUCGAAGCCCGUACCAUCAAGAGGGUUAAUGCAGCAACCUACAAAGACCGAAACUUCCAAUAAGCCAUUCACCCAGCACUGUGGAUUUGGAUUGUUGGACCACAAAACCAAAACCGCAAGAGCUGAGUUACUCAGUAAAGAAAAGGUCACAAUCUCUUCACACAUGGGUGCUUCUCAAGAUCUUGAUGGUGCUCUCUCUCUUCUGUCAAAUUCAACAACAUCAUGGGACCAACCGAGACGUUUUUCCCUUGAUCACCAUCCUACAAGCAACCUCCAAUCCGUGGCUCACCGGUCUGUGACUCAACUCAAUUCAGUGUCCAGCUAUUGGCAGCCGGAUCCACCGGCAGUUGAUGGCCCAACCACUCAGCAUAGAAAUGGGAUAGGCCACUUUAAUGAGAACUACUUCAGCUUGAACCAGUUCUAUAACUAAAUAUGUAUGAAUGCCUUCAAAUCCUAAUAAGAUAUUUUAUGUUAAGGAUUAGGCAAAGCCAGUGUUAAGUUAAGAUUGGAGCUGUGAAACUUGUAAGACACCAAAUCCUCUCUUCUUCUGUUUUGUUCAAGUAUUUUGCAUGGGUUAGAGAGCUUUGACAAUUGUUUUAAUC